GUCUCUUUCAUGAAGAAAGAAUCACUGGUGUACCAUCUGUAGUGUCGUGUGAGGAGUUGUUGCUCCGAAAAAAGAAUCCCCCUUUUUCAUUUCACUUAAACAGAUGAUAAAUUUUAAUUACCGAUUUACAAAGUGUCAAUCGUGUGUUGAAGGAAACAAAAAAUUAUUUCUCUCCAUCCGGAGGGAAAAAAAGGGGCAAAUUUGGUGAACGACCGUGAGCGCAUUCAGUGCUUCUUUUUAACGCCACGGAAGAAAUCAUGAAGUUUUCCAAAAUCUUGUUUCUUUUCUUAUUCUUUAUUUUAGCCAUUGUUAAUGGUCAAAAAGCCAAAAAAGAAGAAGAGAAAAAAGACGAGGAAUUCAAAUGUCCCGAAGGUCAAGGAAAUGGAAAUUUCGCCGAUCCACUAACUUGUAGAAGAUUUUAUCAGUGUGUCGAUGGUUAUCCAUAUUUAAAUAGAUGUCCGUCAGGUCUUCACUUUGAUGACAUCAGUAAAUUCUGUACAUUCAAGAAUGAAGCGCGCUGUGGUCCAAUUGCAACGACACCAGCUCCAGCAACAGAUCCACCAACUGAUUUAGCAGAACGAUGUGAUACAUCACAAUGCCAACUUCCCUAUUGCUUCUGCUCUAGAGAUGGAACAAUUAUUCCUGGUGGUCUUCAACCAAAAGAUACACCACAGAUGAUAAUAAUGACUUUCGAUGGGGCGAUAAAUCACAAUAACUUCGAUCACUAUCAGAAAAUAUUCACCAAAGAUCGAAUAAAUCCAAAUAAUUGUCCUCUGAAAGGUACAUUCUUCAUUUCUCACGAAUAUUGUAAUUACAAUAUGGUUCAAAGUCUCGCUCACGAUGGACAUGAAAUUGCGACUGAAACAAUUUCACUUCAAAAGGGCUUAGAAGAUAAAGGCUAUGAAGAAUGGGUGGGCGAAAUGAUUGGAAUGAGAGAAAUUCUUAAAAACUUUAGCAAUAUUUCAAGUUCCGAAGUUGCUGGUAUGAGAGCUCCAUAUUUAAAACCAGGACGAAAUACUCAGUACAGUGUCAUUGAAGAUUUUGGUUACAUUUAUGACAGUAGCAUUGGAAUUUCACCUCUUAAGGUUCCUAUCUGGCCUUAUACUCUCGAUUAUAAAAUCCCCCACGAAUGCAAAUCGGGAACGUGUCCCACGAGAUCUUUCCCAGGAAUUUGGGAACUACCUUUAAAUGCUCACUACGUCGAGACCUACGAAGGCGGUCAUUGUCCAUACCUCGAUCAAUGUGUACUUCACAAUCACGAUCCUCAUGAAGUUUUUGAAUGGCUUAGAGAAGAUUUUGAUCGCUACUAUAGACAGAAUCGUGCUCCAUAUAUGAUGACAUUCCACACAAAUUGGUUUCAAAUUAAAGAACUCGAACGAGGUCUUCAUAAAUUUUUAGACUGGGCCCUUGAACAACCUGACGUUUAUUUUGUAACUGCAACGCAAGCCCUAACUUGGAUAACAGAUCCAAAGCCACUCAAUGAGUUGCAUAAUUUCGGAGGAUGGGCAUGUGCAAAGAAAGGAAAUAUUCCCGGACCACCUUGCAAUAAUCCUAAUAAAUGUGCUCUGGACUUUAAACCACCAGAGUCUAAUUUUACUUCAGUUAGAUACUUGGAAGCAUGUAGGGAAUGUCCGAAUAAAUAUCCCUGGGUUGGAGACGCAAAAGGCACAGGAUAUUCGAAUGAUAUCUACAAUCCUGAGAAAAUAAAAUAAUAUUCUUCACAUUGAAAAUAUUUUAAAGACUUCGAGACUUUGUACAAAGUAACGCCGUUUCCUGUAAAAGAAACCCCCCGUAAACGAUGAUAUAAACGAUAUCAAAAUAAUUUUGAAAAAUCGACAACUUAUUCUCUUCGAAGAAUGAGUUUAUCGUCAACUUUUACGAGAGCGCCUAUUAAAAUAUUUAGUGUCGAUCGAAUGCUUUUUUUUAAAUGAAUUAACGAAAAAUUUCGCGAACAAUCUUUCGAAUCCAUUGUCGAGGAUUCAUUUUGUUAUUAGUGUUUUUAUUUUUGUUUUCUUUUUUUUGUUUUGUUCUUGUCAAUGGUGCAUGAUUAUUUGAGUGUGUGUUAAAUGCAAUUGUAAUGAUGAAGAUAAAAAAAAUCCUAUUGCUCAAAUUCAAUUUUUUAUAGAAAAAUAAGAAAACUGUCACAUAAAAAAUGAUUCGUUGAAAAUAAGAUACAAUUUUUGUUGAAAAAGAAAUUUGAUUUUAGAAUUCUUAUUAUUCAUAUUGACAAUAUUUAUUUAUUUCAACCAUUAAUUACAAGACGUUUGUUUCACUUAUCUCUGUUUGUCUAUUUCGCAGAAAUAAGAUAAUAGUAAUAAUAAAAAGCUAUUAAUUAACUUUA